AAUGAAGAAUAAAUUUUGGUAUUUUGAAUUUGGCACUUCUGAAACUUUCUCUGCUACCUGCAAGAAGCUGCAUGAAUCUCUGGAAAUAGAAUGUGAUGGAAUUCAGAUAGAUCUGAAUAAUAUUUCUCUGGAAGGAAUUGCUAUUUUGAACAUUCCAAGCAUGCAUGGAGGAUCAAAUCUUUGGGGUGAGACCAAGAAAAGGCGAAGCCAUCGUCGAUUUGAAAAAAAUAGGGCAGAUAAAAGGAUCACUGUUACAGAUGCUAAGGAAUUGAAGUUUGCAUGCCAAGACCUAAGUGAUCAAUUGGUAGAAGUGGUUGGCCUGGAAGGAGCCAUGGAAAUGGGACAAAUAUAUACUGGACUGAAAAGUGCAGGAAAACGCCUUUCUCAGUGUUCUUCUGUUGUCAUUAGGACUAGCAAAUCUCUGCCUAUGCAGAUUGAUGGGGAGCCAUGGAUGCAAACACCUUGUACAAUAAAAAUUACCCACAUGAAUCAAGCUCCAGUUCUGAUGGGGCCUACUCCGAAAACUGGCUUCUUCUCUUCCUUCAUUAAAAGAACAAGGAACUACAGCAAAGAGUAGUUCAAACCUUACAAAAUCAAAUGAGCAGGGAUGUAGACUGGAAAUCUUUCAAGGGUUUUUAAAAUAUUCUCUACUGCAUAAUCAAAGAAGCAAGAAUAACAGUUGCUGUGACAGAGCUAAUGUAAAAUGAUGCUAUUAGAAUAAUUUGUUGCCACAGUUUUGUAGGCAUUUUGCAUGAAGAAAGCUAAUGUUUACAUAAACUGAUAAAACAUAUUUUUGUUGCAUGCAUUACACUCACUAAUUUACAGUAUAAAUAUGCUAUGGACGGGGGAGGUGGAAAUGCAACACUGUUGGAAAUGUGAUUUUCAUACAAUAUGAUCCUCAACCUGCUUGCUUCAGUUUUUAGAUGAGAUAUUUAAUUCCUUCGACCUCUUCAGGCCUUUACUGAGGAAAAUAGAGAGAUUUGUUAUAGCCUUACUGCUUACAAAUAAAUAACACUUUGCCAGUUCUCUCUUCUAAAUAGAACUAGGCCAGAUUAGUGUGGAUCCAAUUCAUUUCAAGACUAAAAUAUGAAAGAUUCAUUUAUUUUUCUGCGUUUAGCUUCACUCAGAAACAUAUUUAACAGAUAAUACAUCCCGUUAUCCAUAUGAGGAUUAACUUUCACAUAAGCAUGUUUAGGAUUAUGUUGUUUACAUUUCACAUUGUUAUCACAUUUAUAAACAUUUUCACCAAGAUGUAGGCAUAAGAGUAGAAUUUAAAUAAAUGUUGCUAACUUUUUUCUGAAAUAAUGAGCUGUUUCAAACAGUAUGGAAGAAACCCCAAAUUUACCUAGCACUGGUUGAACUGCUCACCCAUUCUUGUCUCUCCAAUAAAUAUAAUUAUUUGAUUCUUGUUUUUCAAACAAUUGUCACAAUCACAUUUCAUUAUAUUCUAUAAAUGGAAUAUGCAAAAAUUAUCUAGUAAUGUUUGAUCUUUUGAUGUCAGUUUUAAAUAUUCUUCACUGCACCAGAUACAGUUACAAAUAAGCAAAUAAAUAUGCCUAAUAAACAACAUUUCUCUUUCCAUUAAUCAACAUAGUAAGUAUAUGAGGAAUUAGAUUAAUGGAUAAAUAAUCAUUUUCUGGAUAAGAUUCAUUUUUCCAAUCUCUUAAUUACAUUAAGCAUAUAUAAGUAACUAUGGGAGAACAUGGGCUGAAAUUCACAAGUAAUAUCCACAGAGGUUCAUAACUUGGUGUAAUUAUUUAAGUCUCAUCAAUGAAAGAUUACAAGCUCGUCUUAGAUAUAAGAGUACUAAUACAUGGCUAGAUCAUAUGUGGAUAAAUCUUAUUGUGGCAUUUACGUAAUAUAAAGUAAGCAAAUUAUUCACUCAAGAGCUUCACUGUAUCCAGCAGCUUCUGUAAUUGAUGCAAGCCCUUGUUCUAUUCUAUACGUGGGACAGAGUUUAUGCCCUGAUACUGCUUUCAUUCUUCUGAUGGAAGCAAUAAGAGCAAUGCCACAAAUGAAGAGAGUAAAUAUCAACCACAUCAAUCACAACAAGGGAGCCAUCUUAAAAUUCAGCUGGUUUUUGGGGACCCCAAGCCUAAUAAUAUAGUCUAGAAGAACUUACAAACAUCACCUUAGAAUAAUACAUCUUCUAAGUGUUUACCUUUCACAAGUGUACCAGUGGAGAUACUGGAUUUGGAAAACUCUUAAAUCCAUUUUAAUUCUUAAGGGUUCUAAAGAAUUAAAAGAAGAUUAUGGAAGCUCAAUUCUUCCUUUAUCUUAGUUUUCAUAUACAUAAUAGGGAGUGACUGUUUGCAGCCUUUUAUAUCUUGGGGAACUAUUCAUAAAUUUUGAAACCCAUUUUUCUAGAUCUCUAAAUGGUUUAGAAAGCUUGCACAGUAAAUUUAAGAUCAGUUAUAGCAGGAAAUCAAGUCAAAAUACCAAGAUAAAGAAAAUUAUUUUUGCUAUUCUUUUGUAUGUUAAAUAAUGGGCAAUCUUUUUACAAGUUCUCCAAACCUUAUUAGAUUUUGCAUUCUGACAUGAGAUAUCAUGUCAGACCCUUAAAUGUAUUAAGAUUUUAAUAUUCUCUUAGGAGAUUGCUAAAAUCUUGCAAGCAUUGGGAUACUUGUUAUUAAUUGAAGGGUUGUGAUCAGGCCAUCAUGGAAGAUUGUGCCUUGCAUUUCAAAAUGUUAGUACUGCAGUAUUGAGAUUUAAAAUACUUAGACAAUUGAACAACAUGAAAAUUAUGUGAUAAAGUCUUUUUUUGAAUCCAAUAAUUUCUACUAAGGUUGUUCUUUCUCUUUCAUGGCCUCUUAAUUUAAUUGCUUCAAGGCUGCAAUACACUUUGUGUGGUCUUAAUAGUUCUCCUUCCUGGUGAAGCCCCUCACUGCUUUAGCAUUGCAAAAAAAUUAUAUGUACAAGAAAAGUCUUUGGAUUGAAUCCAGACUUAAUCAGAAUAGACACAUUUAAGAGUUGGGUCUAUUUCAGUGUUAUACUCUAAGUGUCAGGUGAACAUGGGUGAAAAACACUUUGUGAUUUCUUUUUCUCUUAGUUGAGAAUUGCUUGAUUUGUAUUGUUGCAUCUCUUCUUUUUCUCAAACUUGCUACCAUAAAAACUUGUUUAAAAUGUUUGAAUUAUUAAUAUAUUUAUUAAUCUAUACCAUAUAUUGCUAGUUAUCAGUCAAAUGUCUUUUCAAGUUGAUUCACACAUCUAUAUGAAAUGUAAAAAGUAUUCACAUGUAAUGCACAAUGGUACAUAUGCACAUGUUACAGAAUUUGAUUGAUUUUGUCUGUAUGUAAUUGAAGAUAAAUCUAGAGAAGCCAUUAAUGGAUGACAGGUACAUGAAAAUAUUCUUAAUACUAAGUAAACAUUAGCAGAAUACCAAUUAAUAUGGCAUUCAAGUUGAGAAAUAAGAUACCUGUCACCAAACAUAAGGCU